AUGGCUACCGGGGCGAACACAACCCCGCUCGGGAAUCCCCGUUUUUCUGGGCCCCGACCGCCGAUCUCCACUCAAUCUAUGGGCGGCGGAGGCGGUGGAUCUUUACUCAGGCCGUCGUACAUCACCGCGGCAGGUGGACCUCCACCUCAAACACAGCAGGAACGUGAUCCUAACCUCGUGCCCAACGCAUACCAGAUGCAGUACGCCGCCGCCGGCUACGAGCAGUACCCGGAUUUCCCUUCGAAUCAGUCAAACUUCCAGAAUACCGAUGGGAGUCAGUACACGAUGCAGAACGAGCUUUCGCAGAGCGGACUAACCGAAGACUCGAACGCCUCUGCGCCGUCGUCUCGGAAACGGAGCCGCAGCAGGGACCGGAAACGAAGAAGUCGAUCCAGAUCGCGCGAUCGCCGCCGACGGUCUCGUUCGCGUUCCAGAGACCGUCGUCGAAGGUCCAGAUCGAGAGAUAGACACCGGAGAUCCAAGAGCCGCGACCAAAGAGACCGCCGAAGUCGUUCCAGAGACAGAAGCCGCAGGAGCAGGAGCCGAAGCAAAGAACGAGAUUCCCGUCCGGCAUGGGACACCAACAAUGUGGUACGCUCCGAGCUUCGAGAGGUUAUUGCGAAGUUUGACUUCCGGAAGCGAAUUUCCCAUCUCCCAUUCGAAUCCCGAGACAUUUAUUUUGUGAAUGGUUCAUUCCAGAGCACUUCAGUCAACGAGAACUCCCAGGAUUCGAAGGAGGCACGUCGCAAUAAAAAACGUUCCCGUUGGGCUGGCGGAGAGUGCGAUAAGGUCUUCAUUCCUGGCAUGCCUACAAUCUUACCUGGGAACAUGACUCCGGAUCAGACGCGAGCGUAUCUUCUCCAGCUUCAAAUUGAGGAACUUUCAAGGAGGUUGCGAAUGGACGAUUUGGGAAUUCCGGCGAACCCAGACGAACGAUCACCCUCGCCGGAGCCUAUUUACAAUUCAGCAGGAAAAAGAAUGAACACCCGGGAAUUCCGUGUGCGCAAGAGACUGGAAGACGAGAGACACAACCUCGUCCAGGAGAUGACCAAGAUCAAUCCGGACUUCAAGCCACCGGUCGACUACAAGCCGCCGUCGAUCCGAAUUUCGGAGAAGGUCAUGAUACCUCAAGAACAGUAUCCAGAUAUAAACUUCGUUGGACUUCUACUCGGGCCCAGAGGGAAUACCCUGAAGACGCUUGAGAAGGAUACCGGUGCCAAGAUCACGAUCCGCGGAAAGGGCUCAACUCGGGAGGGAAAAGUCGGUAAGGACGGUCAGCCCCAUCCCGGUGAAGACGAACCCCUCCACGCCUUGUGUUCCGGCUUGACCACCGACGUCGUUCAGAAAGCUGUGAAGAAAAUUACGCAGAUCAUCAAGGACGUGAUAGAGACUCCUGAAGGACAAAACGACUUGCGCAGGAGUCAGCUCCGCGAGUUAGCGCUCCUGAACGGAACUCUUCGCGAAGGUGACGAAGCGUUCAUGCGUUGCAACAACUGUGGAGCGACGACACACAAAUCGUGGCAGUGUCCAGACAAACCCAAUGUCACGAAUAAUGUCAUCUGUUCAUCAUGCGGGGGUGCCGGUCAUAUCGCGAGGGAUUGUCGAAACAAAACGGGCACCGGCGGCACGGGAGGCAACUGGAAACCCCAAGGACCUCAAAACGCUAAAAUCGACCAGGAGUACAUGUCGCUCAUGGCUGAGUUGGGCGAAGGCCCACCGCCUGAGACUCAAGGUUCCGAGGGUAAUCAGAGGAACUUCGGAGGAGGUUCCGGAGUUCUUGGUGGUCGAAGUGGUCCGAUGAAGGCCAUCCAAGGGGGCUCUCAUGAAUCGAGAACAGACGAAAGCCAAAGCUCCAAUGCUUCAAGCACGCAAGCCAUGCCGGGUUACGGUUCUCAGCAGGGCAACGGAGGCGGAUGGAGAUCUGAAGGCGGUUGGGGCAGAAGCGGGCGCAACUACAACAGACAGGGGACGGGUGGGUCUGGAAACUGGGGUUCUGGACGCGGGCAGUGGAACAGAGGUCCUCGCGGUCCUUCGCCGAGAGGGCCACCGCCGCCGGGCUCGCGAUCCGAAUCGACUUCCGGCAUGGAAACGAUGCCUCCUUGGGGCGGUAUGGGUGGUCACAUGAUGCCCCCGCAUGCGUGGAAUCAACAAGCACCACCUGGAAUGUACGGCGUUCCGCCACCGUGGAUGUACGCCGGCGGACCGCCGAUGGUGCCGCCUCCCGGGGCCGAAGGUAGCGACGACGCUCCCCCCGGCGAGACCGGAAUCGAUUUCGCUUCGCUGCUCAGUGCACCCCCACCUCCGCCACCCCCCUCGUAAAAUGUUUCUAGGGAAAUUGUCGCAAUGUCUUACGCCAUCGGAGCGAACGGCUCAUCAUCAAUCAUCGCUGAUCCAUCGUACCAUGUCCGUGAAAGCAAACUAAACAACGUUUGCUGAGAGGAAUGCGCCGAGAAGAGCCCGAGUCGAGCAGAUCAUCAAUUCGUUACUCCCUGGAAUAUACUGAGA